ACAGAAGCUCUUCCAUAUGAACAAUGAGUGGCUCAAAGCCAGACAUUUUGUGGUCUCCCCACCACGCGGACCGCUAUGUCAUCUGUGACUCAGAGCUUGGACUGUACCGCAUCGGACCUGUGGGGAGCGGCGAGACCAAAGCCGGAGCUCUCCCCCUCUCUGUGGAGACCGCUGCUACCCUAUUAGCGAUCAACUCUGACACCCCAUACAUGAAAUGUGUGGCCUGGUACCCAAAGCACGAGCCUGAAUGUCUGCUAGCAGUUGGACAGGCUAACGGCAGGGUAGUCCUCACUAGCCUAGGCCAGAGCCACAACUCCAAGUGCAAGGAGCUGAUGGGGAAGGAGUUUGUGCCCAAGCAUGCACGUCAAUGCAACACCCUAGCCUGGAACCCUGUGGACAGCAACUGGCUAGCCGCUGGGCUGGACAAGCACAGAGCAGACUUCUCAGUGCUCAUAUGGGACAUUAGCAGUAAGUUCUCCCCAGAGGCUAGUGUAGCCGCUGAAAAGAUCCGUCUCUCGUCAGGAGACACAGACUCUGGCCUAGUGGUGACCAAGCCCCUGUAUGAGCUAGGCCAGAACGAUGCUUGCCUGUCCCUCUGCUGGCUGCCCCGCGACCAGAAGCUGCUCCUGGCUGGCAUGCACCGCAACCUGGCCAUCUUUGACCUGCGCAACACCAGCCAGAAGACCUUUGUCAACACCAAGGCCAUACAGGGUGUGACAGUGGACCCCCACUACCCCGACCGCGUGGCCUCCUUCUUCGAGGGCCAGGUGGCCAUCUGGGACCUGCGCAAAUUUGAGAAGCCAGUGCUCACGCUCACCGAGCAGCCCAAGCCGCUCACCAAGGUGGCCUGGUGCCCCACGCGUAUGGGCCUGUUGGCCACGCUGACGCGUGACAGCAACAUCAUCCGCCUUUACGACAUGCAGCACACGCCCACGCCCAUCGGCGACGAGACAGAGCCCACGAUCAUCGAGCGCAGCGUGCAGCCCAGCAACAGCCUCAUUGGCAGCUUCGCCUGGCACCCCACUUCCCAGAACCGCAUGGUGGUGGUUUCGGCRGCCAACCGCYCCAUGACRGACUUCACWGUGUUCGAACGUAUCUCUUUAGCCUGGAGCUCCACCACUUCGCUCAUGUGGGCCUGCGGCAGYCACCUSUAUGAGUGUGCCGAGGAGGSGGGSGUGGGAGGGGAGGGUACWGUAGAGAAGGACAUAGCCACUAAGAUGAGGCAGAGGGCKCAGUCCAGGUACGGUCAUGAUACGGUCCAGGUGUGGAAGAACCAUUUGCUGGCCGGAGGGGACGACCCCCAGCUCAAGUCCCUGUGGUACACUCUGUUCUUCAUGAAACAGUACACUGAAGACAUGGAGCAGAAACAGCAGGGGAGCAAACAGGCCCUGGUCUAUUCAGGCAUCAAGAACAUAGUCAAGUCCAGCUCAGGCACUACAGAGAACAGACGGUGCUGGAGCGGCUCAGACCGCCAGACGGACGUCCCCAGGUUCCACAGCGAGGAGCGCAGCCUUGCCCUUCGUCUGUGCGGCUGGAUCAACCGAGGCCCCGACAUCAACGUGGAGCCCUUCCUGCGCUCCCUGGAGGGGGAGGGCGAGUGGGAGCGUGCGGCCGCCGUGGCCCUCUUCAACCUGGACAUCCGCAGGGCCAUCCAGAUCCUCAACAAGGGAGCCUCCGCUGAGAGAGGUACUGGCYUGGAGUCAUCUGGGACAGGGCUAUGUAAUGCAUUUUUGAAGAUUCUUUGUAAGGGCUCAAGAACUUGUUUGCAAUAUACACUGUAUGUGUUUGUGAGCUGUAACUUCUGUGGGAAGUCCAUAUCGUACAGCUGUUCGGCCAUGCCCCACCAGGGCCGCGGCUUCAGCCAGUACGGGGUCAGCGGCUCGCCCACCAAGUCAAAGGUCACCAGCUGCCCCGGCUGCAGGAAGCCCCUCCCCCGCUGUGCCCUCUGCCUCAUGAACAUGGGCACGCCUGUGUCCAACUGCCCAGGCACGGGGAAGUCAGGUGAGAAGGUGGAUCUGACCAGGGAAAACAAAUUGGCCCAGUUCAACAACUGGUUCACCUGGUGCCACAACUGCCGACAUGGCGGCCACGCAGGUCACAUACCUCUCCGAAUGGUGCGCAACAACGAAAGACGGGCCCCCUCGGCCUGUCAAGAGUGCCAGCGGCGCGGAGAGAAGGCCUGCCUCAUUGUCCACACGCCCCAAAGAGAGGAACACUGCAGAGAGUCCAACAGCAGGAUGCGUAGCGUCCAGUGUAUCCGCGCGGACAUACUUACCCCGGACGCCGAUUAUGGGCCGACUGCGCACCUGAGCGUCCCAUUCAGCCGUGCCCGGACUCCGACCCAUACCACUUCCUGCAUUGGAAAGACCAAAGCCACACGAUGUGCAUACUGUAAGAUGGCUGUAGAUGAGAAGACCAACAAGGUCACAGAACCAGAACGUAAACCCCUUGUCUUUCUCCAGCAGAUUGCUAAACUCAGGCUGCAGCUCCAGCGCAGUAAACAGGUCAGCCGCCAGAGCAAAGACCGAGAUCAACAGCUGGGACUACACACCAGCACCACAUGCCAUCCCCAGAAUAAGGUGGUUUCCACAGCCCUGUCGAACAUCCCAGUGCCAAAGUCCCUCAUAUCGAGAGUGCCUAGCAGCGUGGAGGGCAUCAACCACGAGCUGGAGAAUGUGUUCAUCAGAGAGGACUGGAAGCAGGGAAUACAGGCUUUGGACGUGUUGGACGGCCGCCGCGCCCCGUUUCAGCCUCAUCGCUACGGCAAUGGCGGUGACACACGUGACACGGACACCCAGGCCCCCUCUAGUGGCGGUUCCAGCCCCUGCCCCUUCACCCCUGACCCCCUCCAGUCCCCAGAAGGCAGCCCCUGCUCUACAGAAGAGCUUGACAAAGACAGCGGCUGCAGCUCUCCCCUUCCCAAGUUUGCCACCUCUCCCAAACCCAACAACAGCUACAUGUUCAAACGGGAGCCUCCGGAGGGGUGUGAGAGGGUCAAAGUGUUUGAAGAGAUGGUGUCUGGUGUCUCCAGAGGCUUCCCUCUUUUUUCAUGCCCAGAUAAAAACAAGGUGAACUUCAUCCCCAGGGGCUCCGCCUUCUGUCCCGUCAAACUCCUCUGCUCCUCCCACUUCACCACAACCUCACCCAGCCCUGGUCUCCAUGGAAGAAGCAGCACAUGGCCCGAGGACGCCAUGACACCCGCUAGUUCCACUACUCUGGCCUCCACUAACUGGAGCUCGUCUAUAGGCACAGACAUGGUCAGUAGCUCAGACACAGGUGUAGGCACCGACACAAGCACAGAGAACAGCACAGACAGUCUGAGCCCAGACACUAACACAGACACAGGUGAACUGACAAGCACAGCAGUGGUCCCAGGUGGCCUGUCUACAGAUCCCUGCUCCACUACACACAUCCUUCUUACCAGCUAGUUCUCAGGUACAGUCCAGCUUAUGAGCAUUAGCCUGGUCCCAGAUCAGUUUGAGCUGUCUUGCUAACUCCUAUGGUCGCAAUGACCAUAGAAGGUAGCAAAAGUAGCACAACAGCACAACAGAUCUGGAACCAGGCUAGCUGAGUAUGGCUCUUUAACGCAACAUUAGCCAGCAAGGAGGGCCUAUCCUUACUAACCUAGCCUUCUCUUCUGAAAGGUGUGGCGGGCAACAUCCUCCAGAAAGACUUGUUUUCUAUUCAGAGGGUAGAUUCGAUUGUUUCAUGUAUUGUUCUUUAGCAAUCAGCUUUAUCAAAAUCAAUUCAAGAAAUUGAGAAAAAAAUAAGGGAAUUAAGCAAUGGGCAAGAGAAACAUAUUUUAUUGAAUUUUGAAAAUGUUUAUCUAACCAGCUUAUUUAGCUGUUCUGUGUUGCUAGCCAAUAUUACAGCAUGGGUAAGCAUUUUAAUAUAAAAUAAAAUAUCAUGCCUGUUUAUAUUAAAAACCCUAUUGGGAUGUCCUACAGUUAUAAUACAAUGCUCCAAUUUUUCCUGAAUGUUUACACUUAUUUCAGGUCUCAAUCCAGUUUAUGUAAACACAUGACAAAAAGCUAAAGAAAGACGAUCUGAAAGUGACCAAACAGCCAGCUACAAAGCACAGUGUCCACACAUAGCCUUGUUUCAGGUCCCC